CGGAUAUUUGAUUUUUAAUAAAGUAUUAUUAAUCAUAAUCUAUUUUUUUGUAUGUUAUAAUACUAUUAGUUAUCUUAUUCAUCAAUUAGUCAUUUUUAUAUGUUACAAUUCUAAUAAUUAUUGUAAUAUGCGAUAAGUUUAAUACUGUUCUACAAGAACAAGUACAAUAUAUGAGGAAUUAUUUUUUAAUUUUAAGAUAUGUAUUACGAUAAGAGUUUGGAGGAAAUUAGAUUAAAAUCGCUUCAGAAAUAGCGCAACUACGAUAUCGUUAGCCGAAUUGCGUAGCAGAAAGAUUUCCCGUUCUACAAAGAAAAGGGAAACGGUAUGCUUUCGGCCACGAACACGAGCUGGGCAACGCAAUUUAGUUACGAACUGUUUAAUACAAGAUUUUACGAGGCACCGAUUCCCUGUUGCGGUAACCUGCGCGUAUUUUCUUCCGGGACGUAAUACAAUUUUCUAUAACUAUCGCCACGCUUUCGCGAUGAAAGUCUAUGCAUGUAGCGGCAUCAGUUCGCAAUUCUGUGUGCGUGCUUGAUACGCGUUUUACCGGAACACUUGAUAGAUUUCAUAGACGCGCCGGUGCCCGUGCUUCCGUGGAAAAUAGCUAUUUGCGCGAACUGUUACGUUAACCAAGUGCGUAAAUUUUGAUCAGCAGAUCUUCGCCUUUUGCAGCCUGACUGAUCAUUAUUUCGUAACGCGCUGGUCACGAAUUAUAAUUGAUGUAACGAAUAGUAGUCUGUGACUAUAUACGUGCCUUAAUUUAAUGUCUUGGGCCAUUCUUAUCAUGAAAUUGGAGGUGUCCAACAUGAUCAUUGUCUCCCUAUAAGAUAUUACAUUUCAGACUCAUUCUAUCGUAGUUUCUUAAAACUUUAAGCAUUAAUUAUGGCAAUGAAAUCUUUAAAAGAUGGCUGUCAUAGUAAAUUGGGGGUAAUUUUCGUAGGAUGUAAAUCCACUUGUUGGUUUUCUAAUUUCUGUGACUAUAAGACUGAACAUUGAUAGCGUUAAACAUGCAGAGUUGAAAGAUGCUUGGAGUUGCUUGAAUGCUUGGAAAGUUGAUAGGAUACACGAAGCAAUUGCUUGAGGCGUUGAUAUAACGAAAUAUGUUAACGUAACAUGAAUUCUUUGGUUGUUCCUUUGUACAUUGUAGUUUCUUGUAGAUAAUAAAUUGCAGAGACAACUUGACCUUGAUCUGUCGAAGAAUGGUGCCAUUCUACGGAUAUCUAUCGUUUAUCGUUACAGCGCAGUGCAGAAUUACGCUGAUAGAAUCCACUUUGUCAUGGUCACGCAACAUUAGAAGAUUUAAUUGUCGAUAAACUAUAAAUAGGAAAAACAAAUUAUGUGUACAGGAUAAUAGUUUCCAUAAUAUGGGACGGUAUUACGAAACAUUAGGUGCUUAAUUUCCCAAAUAAGCAAAUGCUAUUUUCCUUAAUAUACUUCACUGUUUCCGUCUCUUUCCAGUCGAUAAUUAUGAAAUUUAUACAACUUUCGCCUUCGUUUCGUUCUCUUUUUCAACGAAAAAUUACGAUGUUUCAGGCUAUAACGCUAGCAUACGUUAUACAAGUGAAUUUCAAACUCUUUUUGGUCCAGAAUCCAGAAUCACAAGAUACUUUAAAAUAUCUCUUCUCGCCUAGCAUCACGUUACACUAAAUAGGGGUUGUUAGAUCUUUGCUCUCCUCGGUAACAUGGUUGCCGCCACCGUGGUCCGUAUAAUUAAAUAAUUAAGCAGGCAACUGCCGACGGCGUAGUCCUGUUGCAUGGAAGUUUACUUUCUAAGCUUGUUGGCGUGUUGAGCGCUCGCAGAUAUGGGAAUCCGUAUUGCCCUCAGGCCAUCAGCACCGAGAUUGUUGCAAUCACUAGCCAUGGUUCGCGAAUCUGGAGCACUAGGCAUGCGUUGGACACACAGAACCAACGAUCACCAUGCGUAAUAAAUUUGACUUCCCGAUGGUGAGAUGUCAUUUGUAUUUUUCGUUUUCGUCAUUCUUCCCUUCGAGAUUAACUUUGGGUUAUUUGCACGUAAACGCACCAAAAGAAUCCUAAAAUCGUUUUCUCUCACAGAAAUUUUCACACAACGAAUAGUACCGAUUCUCUAUUUUUCUUUCUUGUGAGAUACUCACACGGAUCUAUUGGUUCACUCGGUGCGUGCCCCCUUCCCCCCUCGAGGCUCCGCUCCAUAUAAUUGCCUAGGAAUGUAGAGAAAUUAGGAAUAGUGUUUUGCUAUUCCUUGAAUUCCGUCCAGUCUCAAGUUGCCCAAUAAUUAUAUUAUUUUCAUGUCAAUGAAACUGGGCAAUUGUAUUAUUACGAUUCUAAUCGCGAAUUUUCCUUGGUAGAUAUCCAAUUUCAUUAUUAUCAACUUGAAAUAAAUUAUCUUUUCCUUCUUCUUUCUCCUGUUUAAUUCUUUCAAUUCAAAGCUAUUAGAACUCUAUAAGCGACUUAACUGCUCCACCGUUUUUCUCGUCUAUUCUAGGAAAAACAAGUCUUAUUAUUUCGAGAACCAAUCCGGCAAGUCCUAAUUGUCAGGUCACCCGGUACGUUGCCCCUUCGGCAAUGUCCACUUUGCGAACGUCAAGAAACGCGAUCACCGAAGCAACAAGAAAUCACAUUCUGCCAUUCGUCGAUCGGGAGCGAUCGAGGUUCACGAGGACAAAUUCAGCAAUCCACCGAGAAGAAAAAUGCACCGAGGGAAUGUAUUAGAAACGACCACCUUAACUCUUAGUAUUACGAUCUAUCCAACUGCUGCUAACGCGUCACGUAUGCAUCGUGUCAUGAUGAUUUAUCGCGUCCCGUUCUUCCGGUGAAAGAAGACAAGUAUUUUCAUGAGUAUUUUCACUUUGUAGCAGAUGCAACAGAUUACCAAUAUUCGCUUACUCUUCCUGGCAUAAGAAAUUUGUUAUCGUUUUCGUUAUGUAUAAGAUUAAAUUGCGAAGAGUACCCAACAGUACAAACAAUUUAUUACAGACUUGAACAUAGCGGUGAAAGAUUAACGUAUUUAUGUUUUAUACGAGGUGUUAACGAUAAUAAACCACGAUAUAUUAUUUAUUCGUAGACGUUAAGUGUACAUUUAGCACAUUUAUAAUCGAGCAUGUACACGAUUUGUCUCGUGUAAAUCAAUUUGUUAACGAGUCUCAUGAUAUGAUUUAAAUUAUAUGUAUAUAUAUGCAAUUUUUAGCCUAUGCAAAUUCCCCUAGGUUCCGAUUUCAACGCGUUUCUCGGUCCGUCGUACGGUUAUUGCUUAUCGUUCGAUUUCAUCACUGCUCUCUAAUUGUUGCAGCGAAGUUUAAAAAGCAUUCACUUUGGCAAGAAGUUCCGAACAAAUUGAUAUUUCACGUAUUCAGGGGAGGAGAAGUUAGCACGAAUUUCUAUCGCUCGCCACGAUCGAAGUAUGAUUCACCUUUUCCAAUCGCCUCGUCCGGUGAGAACGUACAAUUUAGAAAAAGCAUGCCGCGCAUUACGUUUUGUGUCUUUGUUAUUGAAGAAGAAAGGUUUAGAUACGGUGUAAGAGCCCAAAGUCUUUUUGCCUUUUAAGCAGAGAUGUCGAAGAUUGUAAUUCGUUUUCUUAAUUUAAAGAAACGUAACUACGGUUAAUUACGUCGCAUCAGUCAUUAAUCAUACGCCUACCAAAUUUAUUAUCAACAGCGAAUUCAUUGUACGAGGAAAAUAGAAUACUAACAAUGUAAACAGUGUAACUUGCUAUACUACUCGUAUUUUCUUAAUAAUCAUCAAUCUAACUUAUGUAACUUCUGUUGUGAUUACGCCUUAAAUUACAAUUCAGACGGUAAGAUUAAUAACCGGCGCAGCAAUUUUUAAGUAAAUAGAUAUAAUCUGAACAGCAAACGUCUGGAUCGCUUUAAUUUCUCUGACUCAUAAUCUGUAGCGGUCGAGCGAGUUUAUCUGUAACAGAGUGGAUUGCUUAAUUCGUUGGCGCACGGAGCUUCCUCGAUGGUUCGGUUUCCCCGUGUACCGGUGACCGGCGUUGCUGAACCGCUAAUCACGACGUUAGAUCGUUUUUCGUGAUUCGACUACAACACUAUGGAAAACUUGAGACGUAUUUCGGAUUUCUGUCCGCUCGACAGAGCGUGAAUUUUUUCGAGCAGGCGUUUCUUUUCGCGCUAUUGUAUGGCUCUAGAAGGAAAUUAAUUAACGAAUUACAAUCAAGUUUUUGUAAAUGGAAGACUUACUUGGAGACAAUUGGUAUUUUAUAUGCCGAUUUAGUUUGCAGACAAUUUUAGAAUUCUGGAGGACAUCGACUGAGUAAACGAAGUCUCUAAUAAAACGUAACUGCAUAAACGAUCGUGUUACGCUAGUCUGGCUCAUUAGCAAGUAAUUGAGCUCGAUCCACUCGAUCUGCACUAGUGGAAUAUUCAUUUUCGAUGUGGUGUUGCUCAUGGCAUAGCCUUUGUAAACCAGAAAAAGCUGUUACUUAAUUUCUCUUUGAAAUAGAUCAGGAAACGAAGCAUAACGAUGCCUUCAAUCAUUCAGAGAAUUUAUCAUGGGAAUUGAUACAUUUAUCUAAGUCCUAGAUCCAAUACAAAUUCUCAAUAUUUCCUAAUGAUAUUCAGGUUUAAUAGGAAUCGAACAGAGAAAAUGGCGAGAUGUACGUUGGAGAAAUUUUUUGGAAAAUAAGAAAGAGAAGAGAUAUGCAUAAAAUAAUCAUUGUUCCUGCAAAGUUUUCAAGCUUGAUAUUGUACGUUCAUAGAACCAUAAACCACACCGUCCAAAUGCUUCAUCUUUAGUCAAAAUUAAAUCGAGAUAACGGGAAUCGUUAAAUUUUCCAGAUUCUCUAAGCGCUGCUGCGAGCGCGCUAACGUCCGUGCAGGGUUGUCUUUAGUCUCUGCAGCGGCACACGUUCAGAAACAACGAAUGUAAUACGCAGAAAUUGCGUAAAAGUUCGAGUGGCGACUGGUAGACGGUCGGCCGUUCCCGCGUGAUUGCCAAUCGAUCGAAAAAAAAUAUUUUCCAGGGACGAUUAGCGUACGGAAACUUGGACAGAUUCACACAGAAACUCGUAUCCCAACACGAAACAUAUUUAACGAAGUAUACCCUUGUUAACCGGUGAUUUUAUUCUACGAAUACUUUGUUGCACUUUAUAACUGAUGAGUAGAUGUUGCAUUUCAUGUUUAACUAAAUUGUUUCUGGCCAGGCUUUGAUUCGUUUGUCUUAAAUUAACACAGUUUAUAUUCAAUGAGCUAGUCUGCUAACAAUAAAUAAAGCCUGAGAAUCGUGUGUUAUUCUCGAGUAACGUACGCCUUAUUGCGAGCAAAAGGUUGAGAAACUUCAUUAUCAAUGUACUCGAGACGUAAUAAUUGCUGUUACGAGCAAUGCGUUCCAGGUGGCCUUUUGUUUAAAAAUCUUUUUUCUCUGUAACAACCAAAAUCAUUCACUUUAAUAGCUUAAAUUAUUCCUUUUUUUUUUCUUCUUAAAUGUUCAUCGUUAUCGUAAGAAACGUUUACUCGAGUUGGAAUUCUAUCGGGAAUCUUCAGUGAUCAACGCACGGGUCAAAACGUUUUCCAGCUUGGCGAAAGAUUGACCAACUGUCCGGCGCACUCCCAUGUAAAGGGCGGCCAGUUUUCUCGAUAAGGAAAUCGAGCAGGCCAAAGGUAUUGAGAAAAGUCGCUUUAGAGAAACCAUGCCAAGGUGGAAACUUCGCGAAACGUUGCAACCUUCGUGUCUGAAGAUCACAUAGGAGAAUGUUCGCGAGUUCUAAGGUUGACAUCUUCGGUAAAAUAGAUGUGGUUUAGCUUUUUGUCCAUCGUUUCGAAAAUACAUCAGAUCGACAGAAUGACGAGUAUCGCGCGUAUAUUAUGCUAGUAUAACAUAGAAGAUAAGUAAGAAAUUUUAAGUUACGAAAGAAAUGGAGGGGAGUCUUUUUACUUCGAGAAAGAUGAAGGAUUCGGUAUAAAAUGUUAAUUUUUUCUUAGAAUAGAUACAAUUUAAACAAUAUAAACGCACAACCAAGAACUAGAUGCAUUUACGACUUUACUUGGACUCCAGUGGCUUGUUACGUUACAGAAAGUUGGCGUUUACACCGCUUACGAAAUUGGCGAGUCGUAAAAUCCAACCUAUUAGCGACGCGAGGAAUAAUUGGGAUAAAUAGGGUGGGAGAGAUGAAAAUUGAAACAGAAUUUUACUUUGUCUCGCUCCCUAUAUUAUUUCUAGUUACAAUUGCAUAAUAUUCUGCGGAUCAAAAACGUAUAGAAGGAAUUUCGCUUUGCCGUAAUAGUAGAUCGAUUUAGCAAUAGUAACGAUUCUUUUCUUUCCACGAUUUUACAUUAAUAUUUGAUCGUAACGCUCGAUACCUGCGAUCAAGAAUAGAUUCAAAUUUUAAAAUGCUUCAGACUUUUACUAUUUUAUGUAUCGUACAAAGUUGCGUCACCGCGCCUUACAUUGUUUAUAUGCGCCAAUACAAGCAUCACAGAAUUAUGAUCAAUGACUAAUUGCUGCUUACUCAACUUUACAACACUGAGCAUUUCGAUUUUCUUUUUCGUGGCCGAAUUUAAUUCAGCGUGGCGUGUUAGAAAAACACGUGACAGGAUUUAACUUUGCGUUGGUAUAAUGUCUGUUAUAAACUAAGAACGAUAAAAUGACUAUGCAGCUUCUCGUUUUUCUGAUUCAUCUUUUCCAUUGCUGGCGUACAUAUAAUGCUUUUUUACUUGACCCAACUGUGUUUUUCGUGAAAACAACGUAAUGCUGAGCAGUGGAAUCAUGAAAGCACUGUUGCUUUCUUGCGACAACUAUCACAUUGUUAGGUACCGAUAAUAGAUUCAUAUCGUUGGAAGGUAUCGAAGCACGUCGAUGAGGAGAAUGAAUUUGCGAGGAAGAGGUAAAAUUUUAGCAGAAAAUUUCAUAAAGUACUCGACGAAGCCUUGUUGUAAUUCGUGUUACGUCAAUUUAGCCGGAAGUCGUGCUUAAUUUUUCGUUGUGCAAUUCUGUCUAUCGCCAUCGCUGUUUCGAGAUGAUUGACAUGACAUUGUAAUAUGUACACACAUGAUAUGGCGAAACUCUAUCAAGAUUUAAAAGAUGACAAUAUAAAUUAUUACGUUUCUUUUUCUAUAAAUAUUCCCUUCAAAGUACGUAGAUAAGCAACGCAGGAUGAUUAAUUAAUAAAUUGAAGAAAUGAUAAUUCAUAAUCGUAGAAGGGCAGGUAUACGAAAUCACGAUGAGUGUUUCGCAUGAUCUAAGAUCUCGUUUUUUUCUCUCCAUCGACGAAUGUACGUACCGUCGUUCUACAGCGUCGAAUCAGGUCAAUCUUACGCGGACAUUUCGAUUUUUUCCAAAAGCUUUCUCUGGUAAGGACACGGAAUUAAAAUCUUCUAGGGUGUCAUCGCAGUUGACGGAAGUGGAACGUAUCUGCGAUCAGUGGAGCACCGAAUAAGGGGUCUGAAAGGGUCGAUCGCUAUUGGUGAAAGGGGUCUGUAUGCAAUGCAAUCGUUGUACCCCCGCCUCAUCUUAGUUCCCUGGGCCUGGGCAGGGCACCGCUAUAAAAGCAUACCGCGUCGCCCCUCAGAUACGUAGUGUUUCCCGUGUACUGCACAAGAAAAAUCGCCUACAAUGAAGUUCGUUAUUGUUCUCUUCGCCGUUAUGGCCGUCGCCAGUGCCUACCCUGGAUACAUUCAUGCACCGGUGUCACAACCAUGGCCAGCACCUGAAGCUUGGCCAGCACCUGCACCAUGGGCAGCACCUUCGUACGUUAAGGUCGCUCAACCUUCGUAUGUUAAGGUUGCUGCAGCACCGUUAGUCAAGGUAUCUGCGCCUCAGGUUCAUGCUCCGGAAGUGCACCAAGUGCUCCAGAUCCCGCAACAAGCGUCGAUUCCGGCCCCACACCCCCAACCUCUCAACAUUAAAAUCCCACAUGUUCAGACUGUGAAGAUCCCAUACCACGGACCUAAGAUCGUGCAGCCACAUCUCAUCGGCGUUGAAUCUUACGUGGAGCCCCAAAUCAAAGUUGUCAAGGCUCCCGUCUCCCAUCACCCCUGGGAUUAAAUUUCCGCAUGGCACCAACUGAACUCGCUGGUCCAGGGUGAUCCAUCCUGGAUGAGCCGUCCUGAGGUGCAUCUGGAGUAGCGACGCUUUACAAACAACGAUAACCAUGGCCAACAUCGAAAUUGUCCUGGUGGGAAAGAAGCUUGAGACGAUAUACAUUUGAAGCAUCCACGUCGAUGGUAGUCACAGCAACGCACGAGUUCUUCAUCCUAGGGGAACUAGCUCUCCAAGAUCAAUCGAACUGUAUUCAUUCGGGACAAGGGGAGUCAGAAAACUAAUCAGUAUUAUCCAGCGAUUAAUCACGGACGAAGAACAUCGAGCUUGCAGAUCGUUCGAAGAUCACGAAAAUCGACGCCCUCAGGAUCGGCGAGCGUUUUGGACCACCCGAAGACCUCAGACCAGGCACCCAAUCUUAAAAAAAGUUUUCUUAUUUUUUAUCCUCAUAGAGCAACCACACGAUACACGAUUACACGAGCGCAGCGACUUUCUUACAGACUCACUUCCUGUAUCUGCCCUUUCCUUGUUAACUCUACCUUUUGUUUCUGGACGCGUCGAAAUUCUUGUGCGGCAUGUGAUAUUGAAGAAGACAUCACGACAUCGGAGCCUUCAUUGUAUAUUUUCUUCUCUUCUUUCCGCCUACCACCCAUCCCUUUCCCUACCAUACUUUUGCAACAACACUUUUAUUUAUUUUCUAAUAAAAGUUAAUUUUUAUGUCUUGUGAUAAAAAAUCUGCUGUAAUUUUUUUCAUUCGUUUAUUUCCUCUUCCUCUAUAUUUAACAAAGUUCUUCACUCAUAGAAGGCUAAAGCUGUUUUUAUCUAUAUUUUC